AUGGACGGGGCCCUAUCCAGACGGACGGACGGGCCCUAUCCAGACGGGCCGGACGGGCCCCUAUCCAGACGGACGGACGGGCCCCUAUCCAGACGGACGGACGGCCCCUAUCCAGACGGGACGGACGAGGCCCUAUCCCAGACGGACGGACGGGCCCUAUCCCGGACGGGCGGGACGGGGCCCUAUCCAGACGGACGGACGGGCCUAUCCAGACGGGACGGGCGGGGCCCCUAUCAGGACGGGACGGACGGGCUCUAUCAGGACGGACGGACGGGCCCCUAUCCAGACGGACGGACGGGGCCCUAUCCAGACGGACGGACGGACGGGGCCCUAUCCGGACGGACGGGGCCCUAUCCGGACGGACGGACGGACGGGGCCCUAUCCAGACGGACGGGGCCCUAUCCGGACGGACGGACGGGGCCCUAUCCAGACGGACGGACGAGGCCCCUAUCCAGACGGACGGACGGGGCCCUAUCCCGGACGAGACGGAUGGACAGGGCCCCUAUCCAGACGGGACGGACGGGGCCCUAUCCAGGACGGACGGGCGAGGGCCCCUAUCCAGACGGACGGACGGGGCCCUAUCCAGACGGACGGACGGGGCCCUAUCAGGACGGACGGACGGGGCCCUAUCCAGACGGACGGACGGGGCCCUAUCAGGACGGACGGACGGGGCCCUAUCCAGACGGACGGACGGGGCCCUAUCCAGACGGACGGACGGGGCCCUAUCCAGACGGACGGACGGGGCCCUAUCCAGACGGACGGAUGGACAGGGCCCCUAUCCAGACGGGCCGGACGGGCCCCUAUCCGGACGGACGGACGGGGCCCUAUCCAGACGGACGGACGGAUGGGGCCCCUAUCCAGACGGACGGACGGGCCCUAUCCAGACGGACGGACGGGGCCCCUAUCCAGACGGACGGACGAGGCCCUAUCCAGACGGGACGACGGGACGCGGGCCCCUAUCCGGACGGGACGGACGGACGGGCCCUAUCCAGACGGACGGACGGGCCCCUAUCCAGACGGGCGGACGGGGCCCUAUCCAGACGGGACGGACGGGGCUCCUAUCAGGACGGACGGACGGGCCCUAUCCAGACGGACGGACGGGGCCCCUAUCCAGACGGACGGACGGGCCCUAUCCCAGACGGACGGACGGGGCCCUAUCCGACGGGACGGAUGGACAGGGCCCCUAUCCAGACGGACGGGGCCCUAUCCCAGACGGAUGGACGGGGCCCUAUCCAGACGGACGGACGGGGCCCUAUCCAGACGGACGGACGGGGCCCUAUCCAGACGGACGGACGGGGCCCUAUCCGGACGGACGGAUGGACAGGGCCCUAUCCAGACGGACGGGGCCCUAUCCAGACGGACGGGGCCCUAUCCAGACGGACGGACGGAUGGUAA